AGUGCGUGGAAAAUUUCGUUGGAUUUUCCGUGUCACGAAAUUUUGCCGAAAAUCAUUAAAUUAUUAAUUACUUCUCACACUUCUGGAAUUCUCAUUAUCCUUAAUUCAUAAUUACUUCUUUUAAGAAAUUAGUGAACACUUUGAUUUUCAUUUCCCCACAGAAACUCGAUCCUGAACUGCAGAUGUUGGACCGAUGAUCACCGAUCUAGUGUUGGCUGCAUGUAUUAGUUGUAACACUUUUUCCAAAGAACUUUUCGUGUAGAAUGCAAAUCUUUCCCUUUGCCAACCAAAGUGCGGUUCUUCCUACGAGGUCUUAUCAGCCCUGUAAUGGCGCCAUGCUCUGGAUUGUUUAGUUGUUUUGGCAGAAGCCGAUCGCGACAUACCAAAUCAUACAUGGAUCCCAAUCAAGAGCGUUUGUCGCCGAGUGAGCAGUGUCGCCAAACGAAAAUCUAUCGCGAUGUCGCUGAGCACCAGUGGCCGAUCGUGUACAGUCCCGAGUAUAAUCUGUCCGUUAUGGGAAUGGAGAAGCUCCAUCCGUUUGACGCGGGAAAAUGGGGGAAAGUGUACGAAAAACUGAAAAAACAGGGGAUGAUCGGCGAUGAUACAGUUGUGGAGCCCAUCGAAGCAUCGGAAGCGGAUUUGUUAGUGGUGCAUACGCCGCGUUAUUUGGAAAGUCUUACGUCGAGCGUUGUGGUGGCCAGAAUUACGGAAGUCCCACCAGCUGCUAUGCUCCCGAACAGUGUGCUGCAGCAGAAAUUCUUGCGACCCAUGCGAAUGCAGACCGCCGGUACAAUUCUGGCUGGCAAAUUAGCAUUGGAACGGAAAUGGGCGAUAAAUAUUGGUGGAGGGUUUCACCACUGUUCCGCUGACAAUGGCGGCGGUUUUUGUCCAUAUGCGGAUAUAACGCUAUGCCUGCACUUUUUGUUUCAUCGUGACUUAAUCAAGAAAGCUCUCAUCAUUGAUUUAGACGCCCAUCAGGGAAAUGGGCAUGAACGGGAUUUCAUGAACGAUGACCGAGUGUACAUCUUGGAUAUUUACAACGAAUGGAUUUAUCCUCAUGAUUCCACAGCAAAAAGAGCUAUCAAGCGCAAAGUGGAACUGUCUUCGGGUACAGCCGAUGAGGAAUAUCUGGAUAAAGUGCGAAGACAUGUUGCUGGUGCCAUGAACGAAUUCCCGGCGAAUAUUAUCAUUUACAAUGCCGGUACGGACAUUUUGAUUGGAGAUCCUCUAGGCGCAAUGAACAUAACACCAGAAGGGAUUAUCACGCGCGACCAGAUUGUCUUCGAGGAAGCCGUAGCGCACAGCAUUCCCAUUGUGAUGGUGACCAGUGGUGGUUAUCAGAAGCAAACCGGGCCAAUCAUUGCCGAUUCGAUUCUGAAUCUGUACAGGAGAAAACUCAUCCAGUGGGAUCCGGCCGAGGCCUUUGAGAAGCAACAUGGACGUUCUGUGGACAAGUCAGAAUUGUGAUGCCUGUUGUAUUAUAUUCUGCACGAAUGUGAGCAUCGACUUCUUGAUCUUCAAUCUUGCCGAAUCAUAAUUAAAGGUACUUACUCGUAUUUGUACAUUUUGUAACGGUGUAACUAUGUGAUCUGCAAAUUCUGCAUGCUGUACAGAGAUGUGAUGCUGGUCAUAAACCUCUAGAGCACUUUAAUAAUUUAAACGGUGUUUGUUAUGAAGUUGUUCAAUGUGGAAAAGUUGCUGUGGAUUUGCGUGGUCAUAAUAUUUUGUGAUACAUCAUGUUUUCUGCACCAUUGGAAUUUCAGUCGAAGAUUACCUCGUUGCUACUUUUGUGGUAUAUAAUUACAAAUAAAUUAUUUA